GCUCUUGCAUAAAAAAUCUGGUAAAUGCAUAUCUGAUACAAAUAUAUGUUUAGAAAAUAUAGUACGCUUUAAAAGAUUAACUGAUUCUAUGAACUAUAAUAGGCCAGUUAUUGCAAUAACUAAUAAUACUAAGCUUUAUCCUUGUCUUAGCUAUUCUGCAAAUCUUGGAUGUAUUAUUGGUUCUAUUUUUUCACUUGAUCAAACACUAGUUAAUGAUUAUAAUGAAGCAGAAUUAGUCAUUUAA